ACUCACACACACACAACCACACACUCUCAAACACGCCCUCGCACUACUCGCUCUCACGACUCGCUCUCUUCUCACUCUCACGCGCUCUCAAUCACUCGCUCCCUCUCUCUGUCCCUCUCAAUCACACACACAUCGACUCACACACAGACUCACACACAGACACUCACACACACACAGACUCACACACACACAGACUCACACACCGACUCACACACACUGACUCACCCACACACACUGACUCACACACACCGACUCACACACACACUCACACACAGACACUCACACACACACAGACUCACACACACUCACACCCACACAGACUCACACACACAGACUCACACACCGACUCACACACACUGACUCACCCACACACACCGACUCACACACACCGACUCACACACACACACACCGACUCACUCACACACCGACUCACUCACACAGACUCACACCCACACACACUGACUCUCUCACACACACAGACUCACACUAACACCUACUCACACACACACACCGACUCUCUCACUCUCUCACACACACAGACUCACACAAACACCGACUCACACACACAGACUCACACUAACACUGACUCACACCGACUCACACACACAGACUCUCUCACUCUCUCACUCGCCCUCUGCGUUGAGCGAGGCCACCCCCAGCGCGAGCAGCCUCCCUCCACCCCACCGCAUGCGGCUGCUGCUCCAGCGGGGCCGUGCCGCCUCUAGGUCAACUUAGCCUCAACGCCUCCUCCCUCCCACUCCCGGGGAGUCGUGCAAGGCGGGGCGGCUGGAGCCCCCCCAUCACCCGCUCCCCGUGGGCUCCAUGUUCCACCUGCGGGGGCGGCAGGCGUCCUUCCGCCGAGUGCUGCACCGGCCUCCCAGCAAGCAGGGCAGCCUCUGCCAGUCCCUGGAAGAGCUGCACUCGGCGGCGGCGUCCGAUGGAGAGCUGAGCGGACGGGACCUGCACCCGUGCAGCAGCGAGCAGAGCCUGAGCAGCAAUGCGAGCCUUCCCAGUAUGCCAUGCGGGCCGGGCUACGAAGGCCGGGCGGCGAGCUGGGCCGUGUGCUUCGAGCGUCUGCUGCACGACCCCCUCGGCCUGCAGCUCUUCACGGCUUUUCUCAAGAAGGAGUUCAGUGAGGAGAACAUCAUGUUUUGGCAGGCGUGUGAAGACUUUCGACAGAUCCCGUCGGACCAGGCUGCCCAGCUCUUUCAGACGGCGCGUCGGAUUUACGAGCGAUUCCUGUCGGAGAAGGCUGCCAUGCCCGUCAACAUCGACAGCCAGGCGCACAUUUCGGACGACAACCUGAAUGCUCCGCACCCUGCGAUGUUCCACGUGCAACAGCAACAGAUCUUUAACCUGAUGAAGUUCGACAGCUAUUCACGUUUUCUCAAGUCGCCCCCGUACCAGGAGUGCCUACUCGCCGAGGUGGAGGGCCGCCCUCUGUUGUCGGCGCUUGCCGACGCAGGCCACACGGCCGCCACCGAAAAGCCCGGCAGCGCGUCCAGCACCGUGGUCACGCCCAAAAAGGUACGCCGCUAUCGCUACUCGCUCAUCUCCAAAAAGAUCUGACGCCUUUUCCUCCUUGGCGAUUUAUUGCUACACUCCUGCCCCGAGUCAAGAUGAGGCCAAGAUUCUUUUUUAUCAACUUCUACAUCAGCAAAUGAAGCAUUGGUCAUUUCGUAAUGUGUUAAAGAUUUUCACGGACUGUUUAUUCGAAGCUAAUGGAACAUCGCCGGCAUUAAAAUGUCACAUUUUCAGCAA